AUGAAAAUAAGAGCUUCCGUUCGUAAAAUUUGUACAAAAUGUCGACUGAUUCGUAGGCGUGGCCGAAUUAGAGUCAUUUGCUCCAACCCGAAACAUAAACAAAGACAGGGAUAA